CCCAUUUGUGUUGCUUUGACGGAAAGGAAAUUCAUUUUUCUCACCUGUUUUAGUCGAAAAGAUUGUAUACACGUUCCAGAUAGACGAAAAAGAUCUUAAGUGAUGAUCUGAAUGAGAUAUUUUGUGCGGAUUCAUCUAARGGAUCGCCUAAAUUAGACAUGGAAAAAUCWAAUUYCCAACGGAAAAAAGCAAAGAGAUAAUCAAGAUUUAGCCAACUUACUCUAGAAGCAAAAGAGCUAGUAAAAUUCUAAGACCUUGAAUGCAGAUKAUGUUCCAUAACUGAUUACCUUUAAUGUGCAUCUGCAAGUAAAUAGUUCAGAAUAGUAUUUAAUAUGGAGACACCAGGUAUCGGUGGAAUUGAAGCUGUUUUAGAGACCAUCCAGCAAGCCUGUAGUCAAGAUCUUGAAGUACUCAAACCUGCAGAACAAAGACUCAAUUCUUGGCAGACUCAGCCAGGUUUUUACACUGCAUURAUGCAAAUUUUCUCUAAUCGAUCUUUUGAUGUAAAUAUCCGCUGGCUUUCCAUCCUUUAUAUUAAAAAUGGGGUUGACAGAUACUGGAGAAAAACUGCACCACAUGCCAUUGCCGAGGAUGAGAAAGCUGUCAUCAGACAACAGUUACUUUCAACAUUUGAUGAACCUGUUCACCAGUUAUCAACCCAAAUUGCUGUCCUGAUUUCAAAAAUAGCAAGGAUUGAGCUGCAAAGCUGGCCAGAGAUUUUGCCAACUGURUUUGAAGGUGUACAGAACCCUUCUAACCUUAUCCAGCACAGAUCAUUACUGGUUCUCAAUCAUAUMACUAAAAUGUUGGUUUCCAAGAGACUUGCAAGUGACAGACAAAUGUUUAGACAGCUUUCCAGUAAUAUCUAUGGUCAUAUUCUUAAUCUGUGGGAAGCACAUUCAACAUCAUUCCUGGAAAAAAUACAUCAACAGGAUUCAAGUACUCAAGAGUCAUUGGAGUUGAGUAUUUUAACAGUAAAAGUUCUCAGGAAACUCACAAUCCAWGGCCACCAAGGAUUUUCAGCUGAUUCCAAGCAGAUGGUAUUUCUUCAUUCAUCCUUUGAAAAAAUCAGGCAGUUCUUGCAAUGCCGGAAGCAAAUUGGUCACAGCAAUAUUAAACUUUUUGAAAUGGUGGAAAAAGUUGCCAAACUCCUCAGCAAAUGUAUAUUGGACACUAUGGACCACCAUCCCAUGUCAUUCAUGCCUUUGGUUCAACAGUGUUUGCAGUUUUGUGCUACUUAUGUAUUCAGUGCAGAAACUGAAGGACUCGGGUUUGAGUUAUUUCUUGUGCACUGCUGUAAUUUGAUGCGGGCAAUACUAAGGUGUGAUUGCUACAGACCUCCGAAAGAAAUAAAAGAAGAUACCUCAAAGGAAACUCUUGCUGUGCAUCAGAUAAAGACAUCAUUUUUCACUCGAUCUGUUUUAAAUGAAAUCAUCCAGAGACUUGUGAUGCACUAUUUUAUAAUGAAAGAAACAGAGCUUGAAAAUUGGGAAUCGGACCCUGAGGACUUUGUAAAUGAAGAAGUUGGUGAAUCAUGGCGAUAUCAACUGAAGCCAAGUACGGAGGUUCUCUACCUGACACUGUUUGCAGAGUACAGAUCAACAGUAACUCCAACAGUUGUUAAGUUGAUACAUUCAGUACAAGCUUCUCCUGACUCUGAGGACAUGGCUACACUACUACAGAAGGAUGCAGUUUACAAGGCAGCUGGUCUGGCUUCGUAUGACUUGUUCGGUGAAAUAGACUUUGAUAAAUGGUUCAGUGAGAAGAUUGUCAGAGAAAUGCACACAACGUCUCCAAGACUAAAGCUUCUUCGUCGUCGCGCAGCUUGGCUGGUUGGACAGUGGGUCAACGUCAAAUUGUCUGCGUCUGUUCGUCCUCUCGUUUAUGAAUCUCUCAUCUUCUUGAUGAGGGAACAGGAAGAUCUGGUGGUUAGACUAACAGCAGCAAAUACACUGAAAACUACCAUCGAUGAUCUUGAUUUUAAGAUGGAUGAUUUUGAACCAUACAUGAAUGCAAGUGUAACAGCGCUGUUUAGUCUUCUUCGUCAAGUCAAUGAAUGUGAUACUAAGAUGCACGUGUURCAUGUCUUGUCCAUGUUGAUAGAAAGAAUCGGGGUCAAGAUUCGUCCCCAUGUUGGAUUACUUACGAUGUACCUUCCUCAUUUAUGGCAAGAAUCAGAGCAACAUAACAUGUUGAAGUGUGCUAUCUUGACAACACUAACCCACCUAAUACAGGGUAUGGGACCAGACAGCGUUAAUCUUUAUCCUUUUCUUCUACAUAUUAUACAACUGAGUACAGACAUAUCACAGCCUCCUCAUGUUUAUCUAUUGGAAGAUGGCUUGGAAUUAUGGAAAAAGACCAUCGAGAAUGCAACUGAGAUGACACAAGAACUUCUUCACUUGUUCAACAACAUGCCUCCAUUGUUAGAUUUCGGCAGUGAAAACCUACGGAUAUGCUUUGCGAUCAUUGAUCGUUACGUUCUUUUAGACGGCAAGGAAUUUCUCAAGAGUUUUGGAUCCGCCAUUGUUCAUUGCUGUGAGAACCUUAUUGGUAAUAUCAAACCAGAAGGUGGAAUGAUCAUAGCAAAAGUAAUCGAGACAAUUGUUAAGUCAUUUCCUGCAGAAGGCGUUCAGCUUCUUCAGCCAGUACUAGUGAAGAUAUUCCAAAUAGCAUUAUUCCAAGAUGAGGAAUACACCCCGUUACUUGUAAUCUAUUUAUGUAUAUUUGGGGAAAUUAUGCUGCAAAACCCGUCGUAUUUUUUCUCUUUUAUCGAGAAUAUGUCUGGAAUGACUAGUACCCAGAGCAUGGAUCUCCUUGGUCAAUUCCUCGAUGUUUGCUUAGACAAGCUUGAUUGCAUGACGCGACUAGAGAGGCGUAAGCUKACUGUAAUGGCGCUGGCGUCAAUGCUACCUUACACUUCAAAGUGUAUUACCGAUAGGUUUGCACUCAUACUAGAUGCAGUCGUUGACGUGUUACAUGARGUUCAUCGGAAUGAAGAUGGUGUACACACUGAUUGUCUUGUGUUAUUUCAAGAAGGGAACGUCCCCAGUGAUGAAACAGAAACCGAAAGUCAGUUACGAAGAAAGAAGAUGACCUUAGCUGACCCAGUCCACCGCAUCCCACUUUGGCAGUUUGUUGGGUCCAAGUUAAAUGAAAGCCAAAGCGCCCAUGGCGASGCUGUCUUUCAGUCAUGUAUGGAGAUGCUCGACUCGGCUGUGGCACAACAACUUGUCUCAUUUGUCAAUCAUUAGGCGACAAUGCCUCCAUCGAUGUCAGCUAUUCAAAAAGACACGACCGAUGCUCGUCUGUGUCAUAACAUCGUCUUGCAUUUUUAACUAACAUUGAAAGCCAUUUUGGCAAUUGCUGAAAAGGCGGUCUUAUGCUCGGCUGUGUCUCAACAACMUAACGUCAUUCCUUUCUUGAAGUAGCCUUCAAAACCAAACGAACAAUUGCUCAAAGAAUGUCUGAUGCUCGGCUGUGGCUGGCCCUCUAGGAUGUCAUUUAGGCAAUUACUGAAAAGAUAUUUUGACUAUUGGCUCUGGAUCAACAACGCAUUCCACUUUUGAACAAGCCUCCAUGCUUUAUAAGAAAUCGCUUAAAGUGAUGUCUGACGCUCGGCUAUGGCUCGACGACGUCUUUCUUUUUUUUCAAACUAGACAACCAUGGCAUACAAAAUAUUCUUGAAUUAGGUGCCUAACGCUCGGCUUUGGCUCAGCAAAAACUUGUAAUUUGCGUAAUCCCUAGGAUAUCCUUUACUAAUUGUCAUCGCAGCUGUACGGUAAAUGUAUAUAUAAUGAUGAUAAUAAAAUAUCAAGAAUAUAGUA